AUGAGCCCAAGCGACAACGACUCGACUCCUCACCAGCAAACCCCGGUACGCGACGUCGCCAGGACGGACACUCACGCACAAAACGUGGUUGCUGACCCGUCCGGGAUGCGCGAGGAGACGCGAUCGGCUUUGGACGCGUCCGAAGCCCAAAAGAGCGCGAGUCGUAUUUCUGAUGCGAGCUCUGAGCGGAUGGACCGGCUUGAAGGACUCCUCGAAGGGAUGGCACAGCAACAAGCUCAGUUUAUGGCAAACCAGAUGAAGAUGCAAGACCAGAUGAGUCGCCGUGCCGAUGCUGCUCCCACGCAUCCUGCCGAGCACUUGUUCAAUGGUUCAAGCGCGCUCACCGACUUUAUCAGAGCGCGGGACCGUCGGAUGAGGAGGGGCUCACUAGAUGAGCCCAUGCAGAAUGCCAUGCCGCCUGUAACGCCAUGCAUGCCGCCGCCUAAUCAGCCGCCGCAGCAAGUAAACCAGAAUCAGCCACCGAGAUCGUCGCCGAAUUUUACGCCGCGUGAAGAUUAUGGGUUAAAGAUACCUAAGCCUCGGGACCUGGACUGGCCCGGCUUUGCCAAGUUUACGGGUAAGGUGACAUACCCAGGCGUGGGUGCCGACUUCAAGGCGCGGGGUAUGCGUUUCCUACAACGAGUCGGUGCAGCUCAGAGGAUGAGCGGAGGUGAUUGGCCAGAAGAGUUUAAGGUCCUCGCGCUGAGUGGUAAGCUGGAUGGAGCGGCACUCAGCUAUUACGAGAAGAUGCUGCCGGUGUGGUCGUCGGUGUCGAACACACUCGAACACGUCCUGAACAGCAUGCUGUUGCUGUACAUGACGCCGAUUCCAUCUACUAAAGGAAUUGAGCUAAUGAUAAGCGAGAAGGAUCAAAACAAGACAUGUCCCGAGCACUACCGCUACCUUGUGUACGUGGCAGAGCGGUCGGGAAAUUCGGAGCAGAGUGUGCUAGAAUGCUUAUGCAAGUCGGCACCAUCGCACAUUCAAACCGCGAUGUUAACUCGGAUGAAUGCUCAACGACCUGAUUACCUUGUACAAGCUGCUGAGCUUGUUGCGUUCGCGAUUGAUUUUGAAAUUAGCAUGAAGAAGACGAAUAGCGGAGGAGGCCGAGACCGAGCUGUUCGAUCAAGCCGCGCGCUAGUAGUUCGCUACCCCGGCGGUGGACGAAGCGACCAAGGAGGGCGCGAAAGGAGAUACGUUGCACGGGUUGAAAGUGCCGAUUCUCGCAAAUGUUAUGGCUGUGGCGAGGCUGGUCAUAUUAAGGCCAACUGUCCAAAAAAAAGCGGUUCGAGCGUGCACCUUGUGAAAGAUGCGAUGAUGUUGAAGAACGUGAAGGAUUGCGACCAUUCAUGUCGCGCGGCAAACAACACGAUGGUCCGAGUGACCAAAGUGGGAACGGCCGAGCUGAAGACGGUGGUCAAUGGAAAAGAGGUUAUCGUGGACCUCACCGAGGUCUACUACGCUAGCAACCUUGCUGACAACAUCAUCAGCUAUGGUUUAUUGGAGGAACGUGGUGUGUUCCUCAUGCGAGAAGGCGGCCAAAGUUAUGUGGUGCGCCAAGAGGACAACAGGAAGAUAUUCGAAGUCUUCCGCCGCAACAAUGUCCUGACUAUCGACGUCAUGGGCGAGAGCACAACGGAUGCACGAGUACGAGUGGUCAACUUAGCCGUGCAAGAAGGUUUCGACGAAAUAGAUGAAGCAGUCACGGAUACAACACUGCUGGAAUUGCACCAAAGACUGGGCCAUCUUUCCUACGAUACUAUCGUACGCAUGGCCGACUCGGCAGGUUCAGGUAUCCGGUUGACCGACCGAACGAGGCCAAAUUGUUUGACUUGCGCACAGGGCAAACAGAGCAAGAACAACCAGCCCAAGAAGGACACAGGAAGGAAUGCACCGAUCGACAAGCUCGGGGGUGUUAUCGGUAGCGACAUCAAAGGACCAAUGACUCCGAAGGACCGUCGUGGAAAUCGAUACCUCAUCAACUUCGUCGACUACUCGACGAAUUGCGUACGCGUGUUCGUCGCCAAGAGAAAGAUCGAGGCUACAAAGAAUUUUAAGCACUUUCUACUCUAUUACGAGAAGAGAUUCAACUGUCGCAUCCAUGUGUUGCGCACGGACGGUGGCAAGGAGUACGUUAACGUCGAUCCGUUGUGCAAGUCAGCUGGAGUGAGACGUCAACUCAGCGAGGCCGAUAAUCAAGCAUCAAAUGGAAAAGCUGAGCGAAUGCACAGAACUAUCCUCAACAUGGCAAGAUGUAUGCUGUUUGCGAGCGGCUUGCCUUUUUUCUUUUGGGGCGACGCCGUCGAGUAUGCAGCUUAUGUUCUAAAUCGAAGCUCGUGCAGUGCCAACCCGAAGCGUAUGUCGCCGCUAGAGAUGUUGACAGGUAACAUAUCGAAUCUGGUGGACUGGUGA